AACUCCAAACACCAUUAUUGCACUCCCUGGAGUUUCAGAAACACUAAUUGGAAAGCUAAAAAAACCACCAUGUCUGAGGGCGUGGUUACUUUUUUACUCACCAAGCUCGGAGACUUCCUCGCAGAAAGGGGAAAACAACUGGCAGGAGUCCAGGGUGAAGCAGAGUAUAUCAGUGAUGAACUUGAGUUCAUGACAGCAUUCCUAAGACUUGCAGAUGCGAUUGAAGACGGUGAUCCUGUUCUAAAAUGUUUGAUCAAGAAAGUGAGAGAUGCAGCUUAUGACACGGAGGAUGCUCUGGAUAAUUUCAGCCUAUCCCUUGCUAGUGAUACUGGGCACGGGUUUUUUUCCUGUUUCAGGAAAAUCUCUCGCUCUAUUAAAGAUGCAAGAGCUCGGAGUCGAAUUGCCUCAAAAAUUCAAAGCAUCAAGUCUCGAGUGGUCAGUAUCUCAGAGUCACAUCGGAGAUACUGCAAUAAAAAUAAUAUAAUGAUUCAAGGAUCAAGCUCCAUCAACAUCCCUAGGCUUGGAUGUCAAAAGGAUGCCCUUCUACUAGAAGAAGCUGAUCUUGUGGGCAUUGAAAAACCCAAAAAGCAGAUGAUCGAGUGGCUUCUUGGAAGCAAAUCAGGACGUGAAGUGAUUUCUGUGGUCGGAAUGGGAGGCUUGGGAAAAUCAACCUUGGUCAAAAAGGUCUACGAUGAUUCAGAUGUGAAGAAACACUUCAAGUUCCGUGCUUGGAUAACUGUAUCUCAAUCUUUUAAGAGAGAGGACCUCUUAAAAGACAUGAUUCAACAACUCUUCCGUGUUCACAGGAAACCAGAUCCAAAAGGUGUGGACAACAUGAACUACAAUAAGCUAAGGAGUGUCAUCCAUGAAUUCCUCCGACAGAAGAAAUACCUGAUUGUCCUGGACGAUGUGUGGCACACAAGUGCUUGGCGUGCUUUCCAGCAUGCGUUGCCGAACAACAUCUGUGGCAGUCGGAUAUUGGUCACAACACGCAAUACUGAAGUUGCCUCCACUUCAUGCAUGGAUUCCCCUGACAAAGUCUACCCUUUAAAUCCGUUGUCUCAAGAAGAAUCUUGGACUUUGUUCUGCAAAAAGAUAUUUCAGGAUAACCCUCGCCCUCCACAUUUGAAGAAUGUUUCAGAAACAAUUUUGGGUAGAUGUGAGGGAUUGCCUCUUGCGAUAGUAGCAAUUAGUGGUGUUCUGGCAACAAAGGACAAGAGUAAAACAGACGAAUGGGAAAUGGUACAUCUCAGCCUCGGUGUUGGAUUAGAAGAAAAUGACAUGCUGAUGAGUGCAAGAAAAAUACUGUCACUCAGUUACAAUGAUUUGCCUUACUAUCUUAAAUCUUGUUUGUUGUAUUUCAGCAUCUUCCCUGUGGGUAAUCGAAUCAAGCGUAUGAGGCUUAUUCGAUUGUGGAUAGCUGAAGGAUUUGUGAAAGGCAAAGAAGGAAUGACAGUAGAGGAAGUUGCACAAGACUACCUGAAUGAGCUCAUGAAGAGAAGCUUGGUUCAAGUGGUUAGGGCAACCAGUGAUGGACGGGUCAAAACAUGCCGCGUCCAUGACCUCCUGCGUGAGAUUAUGAUUACAAAGGCAAAGGAUCAGGACUUUGUGGCAAUUGCCAAGGAAGAAGGCACGAUAUGGCCAGAAAAAGUUCGUCGUGUGUCGAUGCAUAAUGUCAUGCCAAGUAAACAGCAAAGACAUGUUGCCUCUCGAUUUCGUUCAUUGCUGACAUUCUGGGGGGCAGAUUGUAGUUAUGAGUCUCCUGUGCACAACUUAUUUUCUGGUCGUCUCAGGCUGCUUCACGUGCUGGAUCUGGAAGGUGCACCUCUAAAGGAAUUUCCUAAUGAAGUUGUCAGCCUCUUCCUCUUAAAAUAUUUAAGUUUGAGGAAUACCAGAGUGAGUUUCAUUCCAAGUUCCAUUAGCAAGCUUAAGAAUCUUGAGACGUUGGAUCUGAAACAUGCCCAGGUUUCUAUAUUGCCUGCUGAGAUUCGGAAGCUCCGAAAACUUUGCUACCUCUUGGUGUAUCGCUAUGAAAUUGAUUCUGAUGACUGGAUCCCCACCAAAUACGGUUUCAAGGCACCAGCUCAUAUUGGAGGUCUACAAUCCAUACAAAAGCUUUGCUUCGUAGAGGCACAUCAAGGCAGGAAUCUUAUGUUGGAACUGGGAAGAUUGAAACAGUUGAGAAGGUUAGGAAUUGUUAAGUUGAAGAAAAAACAUGGAAAGGCUCUCUGUUCUUCUAUUGAAAGGCUGACGAAUCUUCGUGCCUUGUCACUUACUUCAAUCACAGAAAGCGAGAUUAUUGAUCUGGAUUACUUAGCAUCGCCUCCUCAAUUUCUUCAACGAUUGUACUUGGCAGGACGUAUGGAGAAGUUUCCAGAUUGGAUAUCUUCACUGGACAGUUUGGUCAAGUUGGUUCUAAAAUGGAGUAAGUUAAGUGAAGAUCCACUGCUAUCUCUUCAAUAUUUGCCCAAUCUAGUGCAUCUUGAAUUCGUACAGGUUUACAAUGGAGAGAUCUUGUGUUUUCAAGCCAAGGGAUUUCAGUGGCUCAAGUUUUUGGGGCUAAAUAAACUAGACAGGCUCAGGAUGAUAAUUGUAGAGCAGGGAGCGAUGCCUAGUCUAGAAAAGAUGAUAGUCCAAAGCUGCAAAUCGUUGCGGAGGGUGCCAUCAGGCAUUGAACACUUGAGCACACUGAAAGUAUUGGAAUUUUUCAACAUGCCGAAAGAAUUAGUUAUGACGCUGCAUCCGAAUGGAGAAGAUGGAGAUUACUUGAAGGUUGCACAUGUUCCAGAUGUUUACUCUACCUAUUGGAAUAAUGGCAAUUGGGAUAUCUUCUCUUUAUUGAGUGCCAAAUUAGAAGACAAACAUUCUGCCCAGCUUAGCCCCACUUUGUACAAACGCAACUAUACUUGGAAAUAACGUGCUGUGAUUAGUUAUCAAAUGUCUGUCUGGUAUAUACAGAUCAUUGUAAAUUAAUCAUGUUUAUGUUUCUCUCUUCCAUUCCCCUGUAUCCUCCUUGGUGCACAGUGUAAUGAUUAUUUCACUAAUCUCGAGCAUGGAUUGUCUGAAUAA